AUGGAGAAUAGACUCAGUGGUCCUCUUCCCAAGUCAAUUGGUAAUUUGAGCAAAUUACAAUUUAUACAACUACGCGAUAGCCAACUCUCAGGUUCCAUUCCUCAAGUGAUAGAAAAUCUCAUGAAUUUGGUUGUGCUGAGACUUGCCAGAAACAACUUCACUGGUCAUUUGCCACAGAACCUCUGCCGAGGUGCAUUGCUUGCAAAUUUCACUGCAAAUGGCAAUCGUCUCAUAGGUCGAAUCCCCGAAAGCUUGAGAAACUGCACAACCUUAUACAGAGUCCGCCUCAAUGGAAACCAACUCACUGGAAAUAUAUCUGAAGAUUUUGGGGUGUAUCCAAACUUGGAUUACAUAAAUCUAAGCAACAAUAGAUUUUAUGGUGAACUUUCACAUAAAUGGGGUAGGUCUCUGCAGCUAACAAACCUUGAGAUUGCAGGGAACAAUAUUACUGGCUCCAUACCACCUGAGAUUGGGAAACUUGACUCAACUGCAUUUGCUUAA